CCCUAACCCUUUUUCGAGGCCAUUUUUCCAAGUCUUCUUCUAAGUCUUCGUCCAAGUCAACCAGUGUAGUGGGCACACUGAUUCAUUCGACCUUUAUAAUUAACACAAACACAGAAACUUGAGUAAACUGAAGAGAUCGUGUCUUGUGAAUAUCCACAUUUUUUUUUGUAGCAGCAGAAAAAUAUGGAACUUUUUGUGGCUGCCGAUUCUCUGCUUCGCUUCCUUUGUCUGUGUUGUUUUCUGCUUCCUCUCUCAGUUGCGUGUCCAGAGUUUUUUGAGUGCGGAGAUAAAGGGAAACUUUACUUUCCCUUCACCACCACAAACAACUCAGAAUGUGGCUUACUACCUGUAAUGGGUUGCGAUGAUCCAGAGAAAGGGAUAAAAGUCAAGCUGGGAAGCCGAACAUUCUGGGAUGACAAAUUUGGACACACAGGAGAGUUCCAAAUUGAAAGAAUCUUGCAGAAGGACUUGGAUUAUGAAAUCAUCGUUCGUGGCAGUGAGUUUAAAAAGCUCUUGGAUCACGAUCAUUGCGAGUUCAUGUACAUCGAAGACGAAGCCCCUAAUCCUGGGGAGUCACCUCCGUUGUUUUUCUCUUUCUUAAAUGCCGUUUACCUGCUCAGAUGCGAACACCUUCGCGACAACAACACCUACAAGGUGUUCAAUUACGACUCCCCAUAUCACUGUAAUCUCAACAACCUCUACUAUCCUCCCGACGAAGGUAUCCAGUGGCCUGACCAACCUUGGAGUGAAUGUUCUCUGGUGCAUCUUCCAUUUGAACAGAGACCUUCAGACCACCAACGUCCUUGUCUACCAACCCCGGCAACCAUAUCUGAAGAAAUCCAUAUACAAGUACAUCUAUCCAAGUCUUGUAUUGAUUGUCUUUAUUACAGAAAAGGGCAGUGCCUGCGUGAUGGAAAAUGUACAAAGGAUGGGGUCAAGAAAAUCGAUUCCAGGUCUAUAGUUAUAGGUGUAGCUAUUGGAAGUGUUGGCGUGAUUAUAAUUGGCUUGGUUGUUAUUCUACUGCGGAACAAACGAAGAUACAAGUCUUUAGGCUCACAAAAUCAGUCAAGAAGCAUUGAAUCUGAUACUACUCACUCAAAUGCAAUCCUAGAGAGCAGAAAUAUCUACUUUGAGGUCCCUGUCUUCUCCUAUGAUGAGCUUGAAGAAGCAACAAACAAAUUUCAUCAAUCAAGAGAACUUGGAAGUGGAGGCUUUGGAACUGUUUACCAUGGAAAGCUUAAAGAUGGACGAGAAGUUGCUAUCAAACGUCUAUUUGAGCGCAACUGUAAACGUGUGGAGCAAUUCAUGAAUGAAGUUAGGAUCCUCACACGCUUGCGCCAUAGAAACCUUGUAUCACUCUAUGGCUGCACUUCACGGGCCAGUCGUGAACUGCUUUUGGUCUAUGAAUACAUUUCAAAUGGAACUCUUAGUUGUCAUCUCCAUGGCAAUCUUGCAAAGCCUGGUUCACUGCCAUGGCCUGUGAGGAUGAGGAUUGCCAUAGAGAUAGCAAAUGCAUUGUCCUAUCUCCAUGCUUGUGACAUCAUUCACCGGGAUGUCAAAUCCAGCAACCUUCUACUUGAUGACCAUUUUUGUGUCAAGGUUGCUGACUUUGGUCUUUCAAGGUUGUUCCCCAAGUUUGUCUCUCAUGUCUCCACAGCUCCAGCAGGAAGCCCAGGCUAUUUGGAUCCAGAAUAUCACCAGUUCUACCAGCUUACUGAAAAGAGCGAUGUUUAUAGUUUUGGGGUCGUGCUCAUUGAGCUGAUAUCUUCUAAGGCAGCUAUCGAUGUCACAAGGGACAAGGAUGAGAUUAAAUUGGCAAAUCUGGCAAUUAAGAAGAUUCAAAGGAGAGCAUUUACUGAGUUGGUAGAUCCUUCCCUUGGUUUUGAGUCAGAUAAUGAGGUUAAGUGGAUGAUAAUCUCAGUGGCAAAGUUAGCUUUCCAGUGCUUACAAAGGGACAGGGAGAUGAGACCUUCCAUGGAUGAAGUAAUGGAGUUGCUGCAGAAAAUUGAAAAUGGGAAGGAUGAUCUUGAGGAUCUCGAGUUUCAUGGUGCUGGCUUUUCAAGCAGGGAGAUUCAUACAUCUCUGCCAACCUCAGUAGAUAAGGAUGGAGCAGGAUCAUUUAAGAACUUGAUGCCACAACACCCUCCUCGUACAGUAUGAUCACAAUUGGAAAAGUAGUUUUACUGUACCUUAAUGUUAGUACAUACAUAACUAAGGAGCUUAAUUCAGCUGUUUACACUUGAUUAUUUUUAAUUGAGUUUAGCCUACGAGUUUCCAGAAGAAAUGAUAGAAUUCUGUCAGCAUUAGUCCUCAGUUGAGGUUGAGUGACUCUCAUCUACUUGUCCUUAAGCUCAUAUGAUAAUUUAUUAUAGGGUAUAAGGAACGUCCCUGACAUAACAACGGCUGAAGGAAUAUCUAUAUACAAAAAAUUCAAUUUCUGUUU